GCUGGCCUUAAACUCACUAUGAAGUCCAAGCUGGCUGCAAACUUGCAAUGAUCCUCCUCUUCAGCCUCUUGAGUCCUGGGAUUACAGAUUCUUGUUGAAGUCUGUUAAUUCUACAUUUUGAACAGUUAUGAAUAACCACGCAUCUUCCAAACCAUCUACCAUGAAGCUAAAACAGACCAUCAACCCCAUUCUUUUAUAUUUCAUACAUGUUAUAAUAUCACUUUAUACUAUUUUAACUUAUAUUCCAUUUUAUUUUUUCUCUGAGUCAAGACAAGAGAAAUCAAACCAAGUUAAAGCCAAGCCUGUAAAUUCAAAACCUGAUUCUGCAUACAGAUCUAUUAAUAGUUUGGAUGGUUUGGCCUCGGUUUUGUAUCCUGGGUGUGAUACACUAGAUAAAGUUUUCAUGUAUGCAAAAAACAAAUUUAAAGACAAAAGACUCUUGGGGACACGUGAAAUUUUAAACGAAGAAGAUGAAGUACAACCAAAUGGAAAAAUUUUUAAAAAGGUUAUUCUCGGGCAAUAUAAUUGGCUGUCCUAUGAAGAUGUCUUUGUUCAAGCCUCUAAUUUUGGAAAUGGCCUACAGAUGUUGGGUCAGAAACCUAAGACCAACAUCGCCAUCUUCUGUGAGACCAGGGCCGAGUGGAUGAUUGCUGCACAGGCGUGUUUUAUGUAUAAUUUCCAGCUUGUGACGUUAUAUGCUACCCUAGGAGGACCAGCCAUUGUUCAUGGUUUAAAUGAAACAGAGGUGACCAAUAUUAUUACCAGUAAAGAACUCUUGCAAACAAAGUUGAAGGAUAUAGUUUCGUUGGUCCCACGCUUGCGUCACAUCAUCACUGUUGAUGGGAAGCCAGCCACCUGGUCGGAGCUCCCCAAGGGCAUCGUCGUGCACACCAUGACUACAGUGCAGGCCCUGGGAACAAAGGCCAACACGGAAAAUGAACCUCAGAGCAAACCGUUGCCCUCAGAUAUUGCAGUAAUCAUGUACACAAGUGGAUCCACAGGAAUUCCCAAAGGAGUCAUGAUCUCGCACAGUAACAUCAUUGCUGGGAUAACUGGGAUGGCGAGGAGGAUUCCAAAAGUAGGAGAGGAAGAUGUAUACAUUGGAUAUCUGCCCCUGGCUCAUGUUCUAGAAUUAAGUGCUGAGCUCGUUUGUCUUUCUCAUGGAUGCCGCAUUGGCUACUCUUCACCACAGACUUUAGCAGAUCAGUCUUCAAAAAUCAAAAAAGGAAGCAAAGGGGAUACCUCCAUGUUGAAACCAACACUGAUGGCAGCUGUUCCGGAAAUCAUGGAUCGGAUCUACAAAAAUGUCAUGAAUAAAGUGAAUGAAAUGAGUAGUUUUCAACGGAAUUUAUUUAUUCUGGCCUAUAAUUAUAAAAUGGAACAGAUUUCAAAAGGCCGUAGUACUCCACUGUGUGACCGCUUGGUUUUCCGGAAAGUGCGAAGCUUGCUAGGGGGAAACAUUCGCCUUUUACUGUGUGGCGGUGCUCCGCUCUCCGCGACCACACAGAGGUUCAUGAACAUCUGUUUCUGCUGUCCCGUGGGUCAGGGCUAUGGACUCACUGAAUCCACGGGGGCCGGAACGAUCACGGAAGUGUGGGACUACAAUACUGGCAGGGUUGGAGCACCAUUAGUUUGCUGUGAAAUCAAAUUAAAGAACUGGGAAGAAGGUGGAUACUUUAAUACUGAUAAACCACACCCCAGGGGUGAAAUUCUUAUUGGUGGCCGAAAUGUGACAAUGGGAUACUACAAAAAUGAAGCAAAAACAAAAGCUGACUUUUUUGAAGAUGAAAACGGGCAGAGGUGGCUCUGUACUGGAGAUAUUGGGGAGUUUGACCCUGAUGGCUGUUUGAAGAUUAUUGAUCGGAAGAAGGACCUUGUAAAACUACAGGCUGGAGAGUAUGUUUCUCUUGGGAAAGUAGAGGCAGCUCUGAAGAAUCUCCCGCUGAUAGAUAACAUUUGUGCAUAUGCAAACAGUUACCAUUCUUACGUCAUUGGAUUUGUUGUGCCAAAUCAAAAGGAACUAACAGAACUAGCUCGAAAGAAAGGACUUAAAGGGACUUGGGAGGAGCUGUGUAACAGUAGUGAAAUGGAAAAUGAGGUCCUUAAAGUGCUUUCUGAAGCUGCUAUUUCAGCAAGUCUGGAAAAAUUUGAAAUUCCAGUAAAAAUUCGCUUAAGCCCUGAACCAUGGACCCCCGAAACUGGUCUGGUGACAGAUGCCUUCAAGUUGAAACGCAAGGAACUUAAAACACAUUACCAGGCGGACAUUGAGCGAAUGUACGGAAGAAAAUAAUUACUCCCUUUCGGCAUCAGUUUGCUGCAGUGAGCUCAGAUCAAAUAGGAAAAUACUUGAACAAUGCAUGUCUCAAACUGAGGCACACUCCAUUCUCCGUGUUAAACCCAAACCGUUACUUCUCGUGACAUCACAUUUUUAACUGACAGGCUUAGUAAAAUACUAAGACAGCAAACUGUCUGUCUCUUCUUUCCUUUUUCUCCUUUGGUUUACUUUACCACCUAUGACUGUGCUUGUCAGGAGAAAUUUUCAUGAUCAUAUUGGGGAAGCAGUGAUUUUAAAACCUCAAGUUUUUAAACAUGAUUUAUAUGUUCUGUAUAAUGUUCAGUUUGUAACUUUUUAAAGUUUGAAUGUAUAGAGGGAUAAAUAAGAAUAUAAAAAUUGGUUAUUUGGGAGAUUUUUUACUUAAUGUAUUUAAAAACACAAGGGUCCUUAUGUGAAAUUAUGUAAAUUUCAAAUGCUUAUGAAUCAAAUCAUUGUUGAACAGAAGAUUUGUUGUUGUGUAAUUAUUGUCUUGUAUGCAUUUGAGAGAAAUAAAUAUACUUACGUUUCAAGAAAUUGA